AAACAAAAUACACUACACCAAAGAGCUCGGCUCCUGCCCUAACAUGGCGGGGAUUAAAGCACUUGUUGCAUUAUCCUUUAGUGGAGCCAUUGGAUUAACUUUCCUUAUGUUGGGAUGUGCCUUGGAAAGCUACAAGGUGUAUUGGCCUUUGUUUGUUUUGAUAUUUUAUACCAUCAGUCCGAUUCCAUAUUUUAUUGCUACACGAAUUAGUGAUGAUACAGAUGCUGCCAGCAGUGCCUGCAGAGAACUGGCAUUUUUCUUCACCACUGGAAUCGUUGUCUCAGCGUUUGGCUUGCCCAUAGUUCUGGCCAGAAUUGGUGUGAUUCUUUGGGGUGCCUGUGGACUGGUGCUUGCAGGGAAUGCUGUUAUUUUCCUUACAAUACUGGGCUUUUUCAUUGUGUUUGGAAGAUCAGAUGACUUUAGCUGGGAGCAGUGGUAAAGGCUUGACACUCUUCUUUGCCUGUAUGCACUGACCACAUGCCUCCUGCACUUAUAUAUGUACAUACCUUGUGUAUAUGUAAUCAUGAAAUAAAUCCAGAUUAUAUGCGUUUUUAGUUUGUAUUCCUGAAUAUUCUGUAAAUUUAAAGCAGUUUGUACACACUGCCCUCUGUGUAUGUGAGGUGCAUUGCACUUUAGCAGUAUUCAGAUGCUUGACAAGUCUGACGAAUAGAGACCAUUCCCCCCCCCAUGUUAUUGGAAAGAGUGGGUGAGUUCAGACAGCAGCAUUUAUCUGCUUUUAGUGAGAUACAUGCACCUCAUUGUUUAACAUAAGGUGAAAUGGUUCCUAAUUUUCAAGCGUUGCCAUCUGAAUAAAUGCUGACAGAAUGCAGUGCAGCUUGAAUAAACAACGAACAUCCUUGCAUUCAGAUUGUAGUGUUCCGGGAGCCUUUUUAUUUACAAACCUUGCUGAAAUAAUUUUCACUGCAAUGGUCAUUUUAAAGUAACCUUUUCUCUCUUUUGUAAAUUAUAUUUUUCUAUAGUAAUAAAAAAAAAGCUUUAUAA